AUGCACGAGGUCAUCACAUUACAACUAGGCCAGCGUGCCAACUACUUGUCAACACAUUUCUGGAAUCUUCAGGAAUCUUAUUUCACCUAUAAUGAGAGCGAGGACACUCCCAUUGAUCACGAUGUUCAUUUCCGUCCUGGUGUUGGGGCGGAUGGCUCGGAAACCUACACUCCUCGAACUGUCAUUUAUGAUCUAAAAGGCGGGUUUGGAACUCUCCGGAAGUACAAUGCACUUUAUGAAAUGACCGACGAAGCUGUAAGCGGCCAGGGCCUUUGGGAUGGCGCAGAGGUUGUACAAAAACAAACUCCUAUUCUGCCCAGUGAAUAUCAGAAGAGCUUAGAGCUGGGCACCCCUGCACCACGACUGACCUCGGAGACUGUUCGAUACUGGUCCGACUACAACAGGGUUUUCUAUCAUCCAAGAUCCAUUGUUCAACUGAAUGAGUAUGAACUGAAUUCUCAGAUCAUGCCCUUCGAGGACUGGAAUGCUGGUGAAGAGCUCUUCAACGAUCUUGAUAAGGAACACGAUCUGCUUGACCGAGAUGUUCGGCCAUUUGCGGAGGAAUGUGAUCAGAUGCGAGCAUUGCAAUUAUUUACCGGAGCUGAUGACGCCUGGGGUGGAUUUGCAGCCCGAUACAUCGACCGCUUGCGAGAUGAGUACGGGAAGAAGAGCGUAUGGGUGUGGGCCAUUGAAGAUGGAGCUCGCGUUCAACGGCAUCAACAAAUGAAAAAAGACGUCAACAAGGCCAAGUCGCUUUACUCAAUUUCGCCACAAUCCAGUCUUUAUGUGCCGAUCGUUGAUAUUCCAUCGAGGCUUCCAGGCUACCUCAACGUGGACCGUCAAUCCCGAUGGCAGACUACCGCUCUGAUUAGCUCCGCUCUUGAGACUGUCACCCUGCCGUCCCGUCUACGACCCUACCACGAUUUUGAAGCCUCCUUGGCUGGUGAUGACGGAAGGCACACGAUCUAUGAGCUACAGUGUUCCAUCAAUCCACAGGAUAGUGAUGAUAAAUCUUCAGCGGAAGAAGAUGGAAGGCCCAAAGCCCAAUCUGAGUUUGAUAUUGACUUCACCUACGGUGAGGAUGAUGGCAAGAAUGCGCAUAUUUUUAACCAGGUUCAGGUGACACGCGGACACGAGCGUGGAAAGUCUACUGAAUCAGGACAAGAGGACCUUGGCCACGUCCGUAAACUACGACUGUACAAUUCGGAAGCAAUGCUUCAAAGCUAUCAUACUCCACUUCGUAUGCCUGUUCUCGACAGUUUCCCGCAUGGUCUCUAUCCAAUUUCCCAGUCUAGCAAAGGACUUGAUGUCUUUGCCGCAUUGACCUCUUCAACCCGGACUGCCCAUAAAAUCAAGUCUAUCGAGGCCACCACCGCCCGCAUGCUAUCGGUCGAAGAGCGGGAGGCCAUGAUGAAUGGGUUGGGCGAGAUCAGAGAAGCCUACGAGACCGGUUGGAGCAGUGGAUCUGACGAUGACUCUGAUUAA